CACAAUUCUCACCCACCAUUUUUCUUUCAUCUAUACAUUCAAUUCCUAAUCCAUCAAUCAAAAAAAUAUUGUCUAUCACACAACAAGAUCCAACAUGUUUAGAUCCACGAGCACUCAGAGAGGCCCUACCAAGUAUGAGAAAUUAGAUAAAGAAAAUGGUGUCAAUAUUGAAACUUGGAAUGAAGAGUUGAAGAGGAGCACAAGUUUACCCUCUCGGGCAUCUAGUUCACCGACAAAAAUGGAUAUUGAUUCAACAUUUGGAGACAUCAAUCUACAGAGAAACCCCACCAAAAAGGCCAAUAGUAAUUCUAAGGAGAAGAGUCAUCCACUCUUCAGCUUCUUUGAUCUUCGCCGGAAGAAGAAAACAACAGCUAAGCCUGAAUUUGCAAGGUAUCUUGAGUAUGUGAAGGAAGGAGGCAUGUGGGAUUUGAAUUCCAAUAAACCUGUAAUCUAUUAUAAAUGA